AUGUGGAACAUCCUGCUGGAUUCCCUGCUUCAAGAAGCUGAGACCUGGAAUGUACACGUGCAGGCUUAUGCCGAUGAUAUUAUAUUAAUUGGGACUGGGAAAACAGCAUCAAUAAUAGAAAAUAAAAUCAACACAGCGCCAAAUAGAAUAUCUAAUUGGGGCUUCUCUAGGAAAAUGAGCUUCGCGGCACAUAAAACGCAAGCUAUUCUCAUAACAAAGAAAUAUAAAUAUGAAAUGCCUAACUUAAAGCUCAAUGAUACCAAUAUAGUAUUCAGUGAAAACCUGAAAAUUCUCGGCAAGAACAUCGACAGAAAUUUAAGUUUUGUAAAACAUUUACAAGACACCACAGAAAAAGCUAUAGCGCUAUACAAAAAGGUUUUAAAAACAGAAAGAGCUUAA